UGGCUAACGUCUUCGUUUGCGAAAUAGAACAGACGGGAAGUUUAAAGUUGAAUUUUUAAAUAGUAGAAGAAAAAAGUUUCGUUAUUAUUGCUGCCACUAUGGGGACUCCAUUAUUUGCAAUAUUGAUAGCAAUCACGGUUAUUAUUCCAGAGGUAUACAGCAUAACCAAUGGACAACUAGCUCAGCUGGGCGACUUCCCUUAUAUAGCUGUCAUUUUUAUAAAUGGAUAUUCUGUUUCUACUGGAAUCAUUCUCGAUGAAACUCGUAUCCUCACAAAUGCGAUAGCUGCAAGUGAGGUAGGACGUUCUGAAAUGGUCGUUCAGGUUGGUUAUGUUUCAUGGUUUCACACGGAGAACGAGCCUUACUCAGUUGACAGUAUCCGAAUACAUCCUCUCUAUGACGGGGAAAUACAUAAUAUUACAGUUGUGACGAUUUCCGGAUCUAUUAUAUGGAGUUCUACAGUGCAACCGAUUGCAAAGGGGACUCCACCACAAGAUGAGUGCCUGGUAUGUAAAAUGGUUGGAUGGCAAGUGGAUAACCGUAAUGGAUUCGAUUUAAAUUUGGCAUGGAGUUCUGUAGGAAUUUUGAGACGCGAGACUUGAAGACAUUGGUUGACCAAUAGUUUGCAAUGGAGCGCUGGUUGGAAUGAUCGACCCUGAUAUAAACUCCAAUCCUUCAAGUAACUUAGCUGUGAUGCUCGUCGUAUCUGAUUAUGCCAGCUUGAUUCAUGGAAAUUGACGACGAAAUUGUAAAUUGUUGAAUUUCUGUUUCUCCUCAACUCAAAAAAUUU